AAGCAACCUACACGUCUGACUUUGGUCAUCAGAUCCAGCCCUUGGCUUUGCAACACUGACCAAACCAGAUCUCACCCCGUCUCUCCUCUCAGAUCCCAAUUCCCGAAUGCCCUUGUAGGCUUCGCUGCCCACGCGCCCGCCCCCGCCCCCGCCCUGCGCGCUCAGAUCCAUGGGCGGCAUCAGGGCAGCGUCGCCGUCGCCGUCGGGCGCGGGGUCGUAUCCCUGGCCGCUGCCGCGCGUGGCGAUGGCGUGCGUGGUGGCGUCUGAGGUCGCCACGGUGCUCGCCGUCAUGCGCCGCAACGUGCGCUGGGCGGGCGUCCGCUACGGCGGGGACGACGGCGCCGACGACGAGCACCUCGACCACCCCCUCAUCUCGGGGCUCAAGUCGCUCCGCCGCCGCGCCGCCGCGUGGGGCCCGCGGUGGCGGGACGACGUCGAGCCGCUCCUCUACCUCCGCCCCUUCCUCGACGUCGUCCGCUCCGACGAGACCGGGGCGCCCAUCACGGGCGCCGCGCUCUCGUCGCUGCACAAGAUCCUCACCCUCGACCUCGUCGGCCCCGACGCGCCCAACGCCGCCGAUGCCAUGGGCGCCGUCGUGGACGCUGUCACAGGAUGCCGCUUCGAGGUUACCGACCCGGCGUCAGAGGAGGCCGUCCUGGCCAGGGUCCUGCAGGUGCUGCUCGCCUGCGUGCGUGGCCGCGCCGCGCCCGCGCUCGCCAACCGCCACGUCUGCGCGAUCGCCAGCACCUGCUUCCGGGUCGUGCAGCAGGCUGGGACCAAGGGGGAGCUGCUGCAGCGCGUCUCCCGCCAGACCAUGCAGGAGGUUAUCCGUUGCGUCUUCGCCCGCCUGCCGGACGUUGAUGUCACUGUGGUUGCCGAUGAGCAGAUUGCCAGUUGCAAGAACCAAGGUUUGGUUAUUGGGGAGAUGGGGAAUGGGAAGAGUGAUUAUGUGUGUUUGAACAGUUCUGGCGAUGAGGUAGGGGAUGGAUCUGAUGUUGUUCAAGACGAAGCUAUGACGAAGCCUUUUGGGGUUCCUUGCAUGGUAGAGAUAUUGCAAUUCUUGUGCUCCCUCUUGAACAUAGCAGAAGAUAUUGAGGUGAACCUAAGGAUGAAUCCAAUCGACUUAGAUGAGGACGUGCCUCUCUUUGCUCUGGGGUUGAUUAAUUCGGCUAUUGAGUUGUCGGCUUCGUCGAUACACAGACACCCAAAACUGUUGGCUUUUGUACAGGAUGAACUGUUCCGCAAUCUAAUGCAUUUUGGCUUGUCAAUGAGCCCCUUGAUCCUGUCGACAGUGUGCAGCAUUAUUUUUACUCUUUUCUACCAUUUGCGCCAUGAACUUAAGCUGCAAAUAGAGGCUUUCUUCUCAUGUGUGAUCCUAAGAUUAGCCCAGAGUAGAUACGGAGCUAGUUAUCAGCUGCAAGAAGUUGCCCUGGAGGCUCUAGUGGAUUUCUGCCGGCAGAAAGAGUUUAUGGCUGAGAUGUAUGCAAACAUGGACUGCGAUUUACAAUGCUCAAAUAUUUUUGAAGAGCUAGUUAACCUUCUGUCUAAAAGUGCAUUCCCUGUGAACAGUCCUUUGUCGGCCUUAAAUGUGCUUGCUUUGGAUGGUUUGGUUGCUGUCAUUCAGGCAAUGGCAGAGCGGACUGAUAAUGCAUCUCAGCAUCAUGAUCAAACAGUGCCAGAAAUAAGUGAAUAUUUCCCUUUCUGGCAGUUGAAGUGUGAGAGCAAUAAUGAUCCGGAUCAAUGGGUUAAAUUUGUUCACCAACAGAAGAGCAUCAAGCGGAAGCUAAUGGUUGGUGUUGAACAUUUCAAUAGGGACAAAAAGAAGGGCUUUGAGUUUCUGCAAGGUGCUCAUCUCUUACCUGAAAAACUUGAUCCACACAAUGUUGCUCUUUUCUUCCGUUACACACCUGGGUUAGACAAGAACCUUCUUGGGGACUACCUGGGUAAUCAUGAUGAGUUCUCUAUUCAGGUCCUUCAUGAAUUUGCUAGAACCUUUGAUUUCAAGAAGAUGAAUUUGGAUGCUGCCCUAAGGGUUUUCUUGGAAACUUUCCGGCUGCCUGGUGAGUCACAGAAGAUUCAGAGAAUUCUUGAGGCCUUUUCUGAGCGGUACUAUGAACAAUCACCCCAAAUGUUUGUUAAUAGGGAUGCUGCUCUGGUGUUAUCAUAUUCAGUAAUCAUGCUCAAUACCGACCAACACAAUGUAAGGGUUAAGAAGAAGAUGACUGAAGAAGACUUUAUCAGGAACAAUCGCCGUAUAAACGGAGGGAAUGAUCUUCCAAGGGAUUUCUUAUCAGAGCUUUAUUAUUCUAUUUGCCGGAAUGAAAUCAGAACCAUUCCUGAGCAAGGAGCUGGGUGUUCUGAGAUGUCUUUCAGCCGUUGGGUUGAUCUGAUGUGGAGGUCAAAGAGAACAUCAGUGUACAUUGUUUGUGACUCCUACCCGUUUCUUGAUCAUGACAUGUUUUCUGUCAUGGCCGGACCAACAGUUGCUGCUAUCUCUGUGGUUUUUGAUAAUGUUGAGCAUGAAGAGGUUCUUACAGGAUGCAUUGAUGGUUUCCUGUCGGUGGCAAAACUGGCUGCCUUCUAUCAUCUUGAUGAUGUGCUGAAUGAUCUUGUUGUGGCACUAUGUAGGUUCACUUCGUUGAGCUAUUCCUACAUUGAUGAUCCUGUAACAGCUUUCGGGGAGGAUACCAAGGCUAGAAUGGCAACAGAGGCCGUUUUCACUAUAGCAACUACUUAUGGUGAUCACAUACGCAGUGCAUGGAGGAACAUAGUAGAUAACAUUUUAAAGUUGCAUAAGAUAGGCCUUCUUCCUGCUCGCCUCACUGGCAAUGCAACUGACGAUCAGGACUCCUCAGAUUCAUUGCACAGCAAGCUUGCCUCCUCAUCUGCAGCUGCACCUCAACUUGUGCCAAUUAGCACCUCCAAAAAAUCUUAUGGACUGAUGGGGAGAUUCAGCCAACUGCUGUAUUUAGAUGCUGAAGAACCAAGGUCCCAGCCAACUGAGGAGCAACUUGCUGCUCAGAGGAAUGCUUCAGAGACUGUAAAAAAGUGCCAAAUAAGCACCAUCUUCACUGAAAGCAAAUUCUUACAAGCUGAUUCACUCUCAAAUCUAGCAAGAGCCCUCAUUCAGGCAGCUGGCCGACCUCAGAAGAUCACCAGCUCACUUGAUGAUGAAGGCACAGCUGUCUUCUGCUUAGAGCUUCUAAUUACUGUCACAUUAAACAACAGAGACAGGAUUAUUCUUUUGUGGCAGGGUGUUUAUGAGCACAUAACCCAUAUUGUUCAGUCCACAGUGAUGCCCUGCAAUCUGGUUGAGAAGGCUGUUUUUGGGCUCUUGCACAUCUGUCAGAGGCUGCUCCCUUAUAAGGAGAACCUGGUGGAUGAUUUACUGAGGUCAUUGCAGCUAAUUUUGAAACUUGAUGCCCGUGUAGCUGAUGCUUACUGUGAGAACAUCACCUUGGAGGUCAUGCAGCUUGUCAAGGCCAAUGCAACCCAUAUCAAGUCCCAGAUGGGUUGGCGGACUAUCAUUUCUUUGCUCUGCAUCACCGCACGCCAUCCUGAUGCUUCUGAUGCCGGUUUCGAAGCCUUGGUUUUUAUCAUGUCAGAGGGAGCACACCUCUCUCCUGCCAACUUUGUCCUAUCAGUAGAGGCCUCAAGGCAGUUUGCAGAAUCUCGGCUUGGGUCUACAGAAAGAUCUAUCCAAGCUUUGAACCUAAUGGCAGAUUCAGUGAAUUGCCUUACACGGUGGUCACACGGGGUUAAAGAAGCUGGUGGAGAGGCCGACAGGAUAUUGGAAGGAAUUGCUGAGAUGUGGCUUCGGCUAGUGCAGGCUCUACGAAAGGUGUGCACAGAUCAGAGGGAGGAAGUGAGGAACCAUGCGCUGUUAUCGUUGCAUAGAUGCUUAGUGGUUGAUGGAAUAUCAGUUUCAUCUUCAGCAUGGUUGAUGUCAUUUGAUAUUAUUUUCCAGUUGCUUGAUGAAUUGUUGGAGAUUGUGCAUAAUUACUCACCAAAAGAUUUUAGAAACAUGGAGAUGUCCCUCCUGCAUGCUGUAAAACUGUUAUGCAAGGUGUUCUUGCAGUCCCUUAAAGACCUCUCAGCACAGAGCGGCUUUGGUAAGCUGUGGUUGGAAGUCCUUGACAUGAUAGAGAAGUUCAUGAAAGUCAAAGUGAGAGGGAGGAGGACGGAGAAGCUACAAGAGGCUAUCCCUGAGCUAGUCAAGAACAUACUGAUGGUGAUGAAAGCGAAUGGGAUCCUGUCAAAGACGAGCUCCAGCGAAAACAGUUUGUGGGAAGCAACAUGGCUUCAAGUUAACAAUAUUUCGCCCUUGCUGCAGUCAGAAAUUUUCCCUGACAAUGAGGGCGACAGCACAACACAAGGUGAACAAAACAAAUUGGAUACUCCCGCACCUGACCAAAAUGCUGAGCAAUAGGAUGUGAUAUAUUCUGCCAUCUGAUCAAGUUAGUUGAACUGAAACUGGAUCCUUCAAGGCAGGAUGACCUUUAAAACUUUUUUGUCUAGGGCCAUACACAAAUGCUUGGGAAUGCUCUCAAUGGACGCUAGGGAGAGUAAGCUGGUACAUUGUAAUCUUCUUAGUUUAUAUAUAUAUAUAUUCUUUUUGUUAUUGACAAGCUGUUGCUAUUGGGCUUUAUUGUUGCAACCCCAAAGUUGUGUGAUAAGUAUAUAGCAGAUAUAGCAUUUUUCCCAACGAAACAUAUGAUUUGUUACAGAGCUGAUGUGGUAGCACAAAGGCUCUAUACUGUGGAUGCAUGCGAAUUACUGUACCGGUCAGAACUUUUAACAACACAAUAUACUGUACAAUUCUUAAUGCAUUACAUUAUUGCCAGUGAA